GUAUUGUUGUCCCUGUACAGCUGUCGACCCGCAAUUACGUCAUCACGGACCGCCUGGCCCUGCCGUGGAAACCGCAUUCUCUUCACCGGCUGCAAUAGAACAAUAUCUACCUGUUAGGCGCAGACAGAUUGUUCUCUGGACGAGCACCUGUUCAGCUGGGCAUCAGAGGGCCUCUGGUUUAAGCAGCCUUCAUUCUAACGCCGGCACCCACAGGAUUCAGUACGAGGCCCUAAUGUCCACCCGCUCUCUAUGAUAUAAUGCUAGACGCCCACAACACUGCACAAUGCUUUCUGAAGGACUGUACGCUGUAUGCAUCACAGCAUUAUGUGUGCUGCUCGGCACCAUGUCUGCAGAGACAACUACCCUCAGUCUAAAUGUCCGGGAAGGAUUAACAAACUAUCUGCUACAUUGCUAUAAUCACGGAAGUGCUUCCGAUGUCCAAAAAAGGAUAAGUUGGUUUUAUACGAAAAACGAGAUAAGGGAAUCUCAAAUACCUACGUCGCUGUCUGACCCUGGAAACGUGACCUUGUUGGCAUCGUGGAGUGGUUCGGACACGUACGUGAGUGACUCAAAAGCAUGGAGCAUGGAUGAUUACCAAAUAGGAGGAAAAUAUUCAUUGAGGAUAUUCAAUGCAUCUUUUCCCAGAGACAAUGGAUAUUUCUACUGUGUUGAUCAGGUUUCAAGAGAUAUAAUCAGGCGAUUUCAUCUCCAGAUACUUGUGAAAAUUACUGAGAUAUGGAUAACGGAAGCUGGUGAUGUUGAGGGCACGCAGACGGUUGAUGUUACGGCCGGAGAAAUGGCACGAUUGUCUUGUCGGGUGAACAGAGCAAACCCUGCCCCAGACUUCUUGUGGACGAAAAAUAACCAUUUGUUUUCUAACGCUUCAUAUCCGGACUCCGGAGAUGCGAAUUCCGGAGUUAUAACAUUCUUACCCACACGAGAGAUGAAUGGAGAGAUAGUCCGUUGUCUAGCCAACAACCAAAACGGACCAGAUGAGAUUGCAGCUGCGAAACUGAACGUCUUAUACCCCCCGGUCGUAACAGUUAACUGGCAGAGUGGCAUAAACGUCCUGACUUGUGAGGCCGAGGGUAACCCCGCCCAGUACGAGUUCUACUCCUGGGAGCAUCGAGUCCGCAGCACCCUGGUUGACACCAUGCAGGGAAGUGCUUCUGAGUCAACAUCAGUACUUCACCUCCCUCCCUCGGGAUAUUUUGUGACAGGGGACUAUAUAUGUAGUGUGUCCAACGGAGUCGGGCAUAAGCAAAGCGCCAGUUUACUUUGUGCAACCUAAAACUGCACCUGUGUUUGAGGCCCGAAGUAGGACUGUUCUUGCGCCGUCUGGCGGCCGACUGGAUAUCUCUGUUGGAUUUUAUUCACAUCCGGUUUUUUCGAACGUCGUCUGGGAGAGGGCAGAGGAAGAACAAACAGUCAAGC